CUCGUGAAGAUUGAUAUUAUUAUUGUCCUAUCACCGGCAGCGCAAUAGCCAUUACUGCGGUGUGAUAAUUUAUUAAACAGUCAAGCUUCAUCAUCGGUGGCUAUCUUCGGCUCUACCUUCCACUCCCCCGUAAUCUUUCUCUUCUUCUCUAUAAAUUCAUCCUCUCUCAUCCUCUCUCAUCCUCUCUCCCUCUCUCUCUCUCUCUGUGUGUGUGUGUGUGUCUGUCAGUUACUCCCUCUCUCAUCCAAUACUGCCGACUCCGUAAUCUUGUCUCUCCCAUCAAAAUGUCGCCCAUCGCUACCUCCAAGACUCCUGCUGCUGCCCCUCCGGCAAAGACCACGGUCACUCCCUCUCCCUACCAUUCUUCCUCGUCCCAGGAAGCCAUCCACGCUGAGCACGAUUUCGCCGCCCAUAACUACCAUCCUCUCCCCGUUGUCUUCGCUCGUGCCCAGGGUACCUCUGUCUGGGAUCCCGAAGGCCGUCACUACCUCGAUUUCCUGUCCGCAUACUCCGCCGUCAACCAGGGCCAUUGCCACCCCAAGCUGGUUGCCGCUCUGGUCGACCAGGCCUCCCGCUUGACACUCAGUUCCCGUGCCUUCUACAAUGACGUCUUCCCCAAGUUCGCCGAAUUCGUCACCAAAUUCUUCGGUUUCGACAUGGUCCUGCCCAUGAACACCGGUGCCGAGGCCGUCGAAACAGGAAUCAAGAUCGCCAGGAAGUGGGGUUACAAGGUCAAGGGCAUCCCGGAGAACGAGGCCGUCGUGCUGAGUGCCGAAAACAACUUCCACGGACGCACCUUCGCGGCCAUUUCCCUGUCGUGCGAUCCCGAGUCGCGCGAGAACUAUGGCCCGUAUCUGCCCAACAUCGGCUGCUGGAUUCCCGGUACUGACAAGCCCAUCACCUACAACAGCAAGGAGGCCCUGCGGGAGGCUUUUGAAAAGGCCGGUCCCAACCUGGCUGCCUUCCUGGUUGAGCCGAUCCAGGGUGAGGCGGGGAUCGUUGUUCCCGACGAAGACUACCUGAAGGAGGCCCGAGCCCUGUGCGACAAGUACAAUGCCCUGUUGAUCUGCGACGAGAUCCAGACGGGAAUCGCGCGGACGGGUAAGAUGCUCUGCCAUGAGUGGAGUGGGAUCAAACCCGACUUGGUGCUCCUGGGCAAGGCCAUCUCCGGCGGCAUGUAUCCGGUGUCCUGCGUGUUGGGCCGCAAGGAUGUCAUGCUCACUGUCGAGCCGGGAACGCACGGUUCCACGUACGGCGGAAACCCGCUCGCUUGCGCCGUGGCCAUCCGGGCCCUGGAAGUCGUCCGCGAGGAGAAUCUGGUUGAGCGAGCCGAGAAGCUAGGUAAAGUCUUCCGGGCGGGCCUGGAGGCGAUCAAGAGCCCCAUCAUCCAGACCGUGCGUGGGAAGGGUUUACUCAAUGCCAUCAUCAUUGACGAGUCCAAGACAAACGGACAUACUGCCUGGGAACUCUGCCUGCUUCUGAAGGAGAAGGGUCUACUGGUAAGCUGUCGCCCACUCUUUCCCGGAAGUGACAAGACCUUUUGAGACUGACCCGUGUUGCUUUCUUCCCCAGGCCAAGCCCACUCACCAGAACAUCAUCCGCCUAGCUCCACCUCUUGUAAUCACGGAGAAGGAGAUCGAGACGGCCCUUGGUAUGAUCGCAGAAGCGGUCAAGGAACUGCCUGGUCUGAAGGGCGAGGCUGAAGACAGAGUCGCGCCCCCUCCGGAGAAGAAGGUCAAGAUCGACCUUGAGAACUAAGUGACUCGGCGAAGAUUGGAGGAAACCGGACGUCGGGGGGAAAGGGCGUAGGUCAUCAACCAGCAGCGCUUCGCUGUAAGACGGAGGAAGCACGUUGCGCGCGGAAGCACAUUGCGCGGGCUGGCUGCAGGUGAGCGGAGAGCCAGAGCCUUACGCUGUACAUGGUCUGGACAGUCCUUGCAGGAGACUUCGACAGGGAUCAGCCUGUGUAGGCAUGUCUGAAUGGUGGGUGGUUCGCGACAGAAGAAGCCACCAGCGCAUCGACUACUGCCAACCUGAGACGUACCUCCAUGUUCGCGGUGCGGAUGUCGAUGAAAUUGUAACGAAUACAGAAUGCCAUGAAAACAGAAAUGAAAGCUAUCUUAUUGUAUGAAUUCUGUUCUACUUCCUGAGGGCGCUGUCGGUUAUAAGCCUGCCAUUCCUUGGCAGUGCGAGACUUUUGGCUGCGAAUCAGGGGCUGUAAGAGAAGCUAUAGAAAAUACCGCAAGACAGACAGACCCGUGCGAGGCUAUGAUUCAUUUGAUUGAUUGUCCUCUGC